CCUGUCUGGGGAGGUGGCGGUUGGGUCUGAGCCGGCGGCCGAGGCGGGUUGCCUGGGAACGCAGGGCCAGAGCGCUGAGGGUUCACCAUGGCCAAGCUGCAAGGGCUUCAGGCUGACUACGUCUUCCGCGGCACGGAGCACGUUGUGAGGAUGACUGUGAACGGGAGCGUCCUGGAGGUGGAAGUGGAGGACCGGCUCACCACCGAUCAGUGGAGAGGAGAGUUUGACGCCGCCUUCAUUGAAGAUUUAACUCACAAGACGGGGAACUUCAAGCAGUUUGGGAUCUUCUGCAGCAUGCUGGAGUCUGCCCUGAGCCAGAGCAGCGAGUCGGUCACCUUGGACCUCCUCACCUACACUGACCUGGAGGCGCUGAGGAGCCGGAAGAUUGGGGUGGGCCCAAGGCACGCGCCCUCCGCCUCCAAGUCCUCGCUGCUGAGUUCCAAGCGUUACCUCAUCCUCAUCUACUCCGUCGAGUUUGACAGGAUCCACUACCCCCUCCCGCUGCCCUACGUGGGCAAGCCAGACCCUGUAGCGCUGCAGAAGGUCAUCAGGGAGCUGAAGGAGGAGCUGGCCGUGCUGAAGGCCAAACCAGGCAGGGAUUUCCGGGACGCGGAGAUCCGCCGGCUGCGGGACGAGCUGGGCCGGGUGCUGGAGGAGAAGCAGGAGGUGGAGUCGGCCCUGCUCGGGCUGCAGGAGGAGCUGAAACUCUGCAGCAAGAGCAGCGCCGGGAAGGAGGUGAAGAUCCUGAAGAAGAUUGUGCAGAGCCUGGAGGAGGAGCUGCUGAAGGAGCGAAACAAGCACCAACGAGCGGCCAGCAAGCGUCUGCAGGAGAACCGGCAGCUGGCUGACGAGCUGGCGGAGGUGAAAGCAUCGGAGAGGAGCCUCCGUGUCCGAGUGAAGAGUCUGACCAAUGAGCUGGCCUUAUACAAGAAAGGGCGCUUGACCCCCACCGGCCCAUCCCCUCAGAACCGAUCGGCAUCCUCCCGCGGCUUCAGUCACGCUGCCCCAGGCCGGAGCAGCGCUGCGGCCAUGGCCCGAGAGGAGAGGCGCUCCACCUCUGGGGAGCGCUCCAACUCCCGGGAGCGUGGCGGGGCCUGGCCGAUGAACCGGCCACGCUCCACGUCCAGAGAAGGGCGCGGCGGGAGCCAGACCCGCCUCCCUCGCCAGUCACCAUCACCCACAGGCACCCGGCCGCCGCGCUUCGACCCCACGGCCUUUGUGAAGGCCAAAGAGCGGAAGCAGAAGGAGGCCGAACUGAAAAACCAGCGACGGGUCCGGCGUGGCGCCGGUGAUGCGCCGCCCGGCAGCUGGGGCCGCUCCAACUCCCGGGGCCUGGCAGCCUUCAGCGGAGACAGCCUGGGCAGGAGUCGCGGACGCAGCUCGUCGGUGGAGAGCUUCCGCAGCCGGCGCUCUUCAGCAAGCUCGGGCAGCGAGGCAGAUGAUUACUCCGAGCCAGUACCCCUAAGGGGCAGGCGGCGGGCCCCCCGAGGCAGGAAGCCCUUGAGCUCCUCCUCCUGGAACGGCCCCAGCGGGGCUCCUCGAGCGGAUGCCGGGCGCAGGAAACGCCUGGCCAGCACCCCCACCGCGAGCAAGCGAGCGGAUAAAGAGAACCUGUAUGAUGAGCCAUCGGCCGACCUGUCCGAGAUCGACGCCCGGCUGCAGGCCCUGCAGGAGUACAUGAACAACCUGGACACCAGGACGUAGCCAGCGGAGUGUGGGAGCAGGAGGGCGGGCACGUGGCCCAGGCUUGGAGCCCUCCCUGCCGCUCCCAUGGGGCCGAGCCAAGAUCUCUCUCCCCCACAGGGACUCUUUGCCCUGCUGUCUCUGGGCUCUACUCCAGGCUGGACAAUAGAAGAUUAGCAAGGUGGAUCUUUGGGAGAGGGGGCUCAGGAUCUUAGUUCCUCCCUAGCUUGUUCCCAUCAGAAAUUCCCACCCCCAUGGGCUGGACAGAAGGCAGGUGGCUUUGUAGUUGUACCCAAGUGCCCAGGAGCAAAGGAUCAUGGGACAUUUCCUCCUGGGAGUGACUCCCUUCACAUUGGUGGCAGCUAGGGGGCGCCUGCCCCACUUUGGCUUGUGGAUUUCUGACCCCUCGGGGAAGGGGGGGGCCUGUGGAGUGGAGGGUCCUAUGGAGAACUCUGAGCUCAACAGGCUGAU